AUGGUGAAACUCACCGCAGAGCUCAUCGAGCAGGCCGCUCAGUAUACAAACCCGGUUAGAGACCGGGAGCUGGAUUUAAGAGGUUAGUACAACUUUGUUUGUUAGCAUCGUUAGCUCACUGAGGCUAAACAUCCCGGCCUCCGACCCAGCUCCUGUAUUAGUCUAAUUCGUUGUUCGCAGGUCAACUAUUAUACAUGUGUUGACUGUGAGUCUCGUAUAGUUCGGCAUGGCUUUACUAGGCAUCAUGAGCAGCUCUGAGAGUAAAGGAGAAAGUUAACCUAAACAGUUUAACUACUACACAUGUUCUGAUUAUUUCGCUGGGCCGGUCACUAUCUGGUGUAGGGAUGGACGAAAUAUGCACACAGACAAAUCAGUCUCAUUUAUGGACCUUUGCUUAAAAUAUGUUCCUUAGCAAACUCUUACUACAGCUCCAACACAGCUAAGACAGCUAACAAGACCAUCAGUAACAGGUCUAUCUUUAUAUUGUAAAUGGUGGCAGACCAGAAAACAGUGACAGUAUACUGAGGGAAAAAAAGACAAUGAUUGAUAUGUGACUUCAUAACACAAGAGUCCAGAUUGUUUUACCACAGACUUCCUCACAGCAGUUUUAGCACUCAGAAGAAGAUGUCUUGAAUAUAACAUUUUAGAUUAAUUAAAAUUGUGAGGAAACUCUUGUCUGCUAGACAAUAAAUGCAUUUGUUAGCUAUGUGCCGUACUGUUGUGUGUAAGUUUGUUUUUUUGUAUUUCCCCUCAGGGAUUAAUAAAGUUCUUCUUAUAACAUAUUAAAUUGGCAUGGCAGUAAAACACAGUGGACUCUGAUGGUUUGAAAGAGAGUGACGAGAUGGCCUUGACUGUGACGAAGACACACCUGGACCUUAAAGUAGAGGAAGCACACAUUGACUUUCCUUUUCAAAUUCAAAUUCAACUUUAUUUUAUGGCACUUUUCAGAUGAAAAAUGUAGUUCAAAGUGCCUCACAGAGGCUAAAACAACAAUUAACAACGGUAAAACCCACACAUGGACCCACACACACACACACAGAGACACAUGACCUCCCUCCCUCACUCACCCACACAAGCGCACACAGAGUACGAAUUUAAGAUAUAUUGUUAUAGAGACAUGGCCUGACACCGAGACAUUACGUGUGGAAAGAGCUACCUUUGGGAAACACUUGUAAAUAAAAAAUUGUAAAAAGAGUAAAACCUGAUGGACUAACACAAGAAAAUAAAUGAACAAAAACGUAAGAGCUCUUUACCGUAUAAAAAGGGUAAAAGAAGUAAAAGACUAAGAUAAUUAAUGAAUUGACAUAAAAGAAAUAUUAAGAACCUUGAUUAAAAUGAACAUUUGUAAUAAGAGAAAAAUAAAAAGUCAAUUAAUGAAAAGCCUGGUUAAAAAAGUGAGUCUUGAGCCUCCUCUUAAAGAUAUCAACAGUCUUCGCGGCCCUGAGGCUCUCCGGCAGGCUGAAAGCCGCCUCCCAGUGUGUUCUUGUUUUUUUUAACCCUGGGUAAGGUAAUAAGGCCUGUGCCAGAGGACCGCAGGGUCCGCAAGGGUUGAUAUGAUAAAAGUAAGUCAGAUAAAUAGGAAGGGCCAAGACCAUUAAUACAUCUAAAAACUAAUAAAAGAACCUUAAAAUCAAUCCUGAAACAGAUGGGGAGCCAAUGCAGCGAUGCUAAAACUGGUGUUAUAUGGGGUUAAGAUUACUGUUCAGUUGGUUUAACUCCCCCUUUGGCUGCGUGCUGGAGAAAUCUGCCAAUCUGAAAAAUCUUUUCUCAAAUAGGACUCAAGUUUACCAUUCAACCUUUCAGUGUGUUACUUGUGUGGGAAUACAUAAAACUGUCAUUAAGUUUGAACAAUUUCAGUAAAAUCAUAUAAAUCUCAAGCUCACUCACUCCUCAUCUUGAUCUUUGGGAGUCUCUGUUUAUGUCACCUUCCUUGGUCUGAUGUAUCUGCAGUGUUUUCAUAGCUGAGUAAAGUCCUCAGUAUUCAUCUAUAUUUUUCAUCCUAUAGGUUAUAAAAUCCCAGUGCUUGAGAAUCUGGGAGCCACACUGGACCAGUUUGACACAGUUGACUUCUCUGAUAACGAGAUCAGAAAACUGGAUGGCUUUCCUUUGCUCAAAAGACUGAAAACAUUGUUGAUGAACAACAAUAGGAUUUGGUAAGUUUUAGCUGUCAUGUCUUCUUGCACUUACUGCUCACUUAAUGCUUUUUGAAAAAAAUCCCAACUGAGUUCAUCCUCCAAGUCUUAAACAUGUAGGAAUGUUUUUCAAUUAGAUUUUACAUUUUAUUUCUUCUAAAGGGAAUAAAAGCCCCCAGGACUUUUAAAUGAUUUAUUCAGAAAGCCCCUCUCCAUUGAGUGGCCAACCAAUCAGUUCAACCAAAUAAAAAGAAACAGUCAGCAAAUCUAGCUGGCAGGACACUCAGGUGUUGGGUUAGACUUGCAGAGCUGUGUAGCUGAUCUGUGAUUCAUUUCACUUUUUGUAUCAGUCUGUAAUACCUUACAUAGAAAGGAUAACUGUAAGAAAAAGUCUUUGUGAUUCAAUGAAUUAACAAACUGUUGUAAGUGAUGACAGGAUGUGGAGAUGAAGGUUGAGUGCUCUGGCUAACUUUGUGAACUGCUUCCUCAGUCGUAUAGGUGAGAAUCUGGAGCAGUCUCUGCCCACUCUGAAAGAACUGGUCCUGACCAACAACAACAUUCAGGAGUUGGUGAGUAAACACCAACAGUGUACCUUGGAUUGAAAGGUCUCUAAUGUCUCUUUUGCCCCUCGCUUUCCUGUCGAAGCCUUUGUGAUAAGAUUUUGGUUUGGUGAUUUGGUGCUCCCUGCUGGGGAAGUAGGUUUGGUUUUCUACUCAGUCAUGAUGAACGGCAUGUGGCCUCAUAUUGAGCUAUCUGGCUGGUGUUUUAAGUUUCAAGUGUGAACCAACUGGCUAAAGCGGUGGGACUUCAGGUGGGUGUUUCACAAGCUCAUUUUUAGAGAAGCAAUACUUUCCAAACUGUUGCUGAAAAAUUUGAGGUCAUUUUUUUUGCAAGUAAUCAGUAAGUGAUUUUUAGUAUGUCCAAGGAUUUAUCAUGGAGGAUUCUUUUAAUCAGCACCCUUUGUCACACACAACUUUACACUACAGGCUAUGGUUUCAGGGAUAAUUUCUGCUUCAGUCUCUUGCUUAAGGACACUUCUACAUUUAGGCAGCAGGGCAAGGUUCAAACUUUUAAACUUUCAAUUGAAAGGGGACCCACUGAAUCUCUGAACCAUAGCCAUCUAAAUCUGUUUCCUAGUGUGUGUCACAAAUUUAAAUUUAUUCUGACUUUUAAACUCCUGUAGUUUUAUCCAAAGAAAAUAUACAGAAGAUCUUCUUUUUACACACAGAGCAAUGAUGUGCCCCUGUCUCUAGCAGCUAGAAUGAGUCACAUCAAUAAAACUGGUUGUUUUUAGUUUGUCUGACAAAAGUUUAAUUUUUUUUCUUUUUUUUAAAUAAAAAAUUAAACAAACUCUCUUGUCGUAAUUACAAUAAACUGUUUUCAUCGCUUCUUAAGUAACAAACACAGAGGAGAGGAUAAUCAGAGCAGACCUUACCUUAUUGGAAGUAAUAAUAUGUCAUUGUGUUGUGUGUAGGGUGACUUGGACCCACUGGCCUCAGUGAAGACAUUGACUCUUCUCAGGUAUGAAUAUUCAGUACUGCAAAGAUAAACUAAUUACCUGUUAUAGCUUAAUUAUACAUGGGUGUAAUCACUACAUUUCAGCUUGUUAAGGAACCCUGUGACAAACAAGAAGCAUUACAGGCUCUAUGUCAUCAACAAAAUCCCACAGAUCCGUGUGCUCGACUUCCAGAAGGUAAAACUAAAGGUAAGUCGGAGGUUUGUGCUGCAGAUGUGACCUAAUAAGAGCAUGAGCUGUUUGUAUGGUGUUCACUCAGACUGAAUGGCUUGAAGUGUGAAUCAUGGACCAUCUGCUUUAGCCCUAAAAUUUAAAACCCAAGUAUAAACAUUGGUCCAGCAGGUGUUAUUACACCUGAUCCUGUUUUUUUUGUUUAACUGAAUAAUGGACACUAAAGAGAAGGAUAAAAGUAAAGUGGUAACUUCUGUUUUCUGUUCAAAAGUCAGGCGAUAUUGAAGACAAAAUCUUCUUCCUCUUUAACAAACAGAUCUGUCACUGUAGGGAUCCUUUCUGUAAUGUUGUCAGACUCCUCAAACAACAACCUAGGCCAUGCUUACCCUGAUGGGAUCAGCCAUCCAGCAGCUGAAGGUGUUUAAAGAAGCAAACAUUUAACAGUGGAAGUGUGGCAAAGAUGUAAACCUACAAGUGGUGGGAAUUGCCAGUGACCCCACGAUACGAUAUAAUCACAAUACUUGGGCCACAAUACGAUAUUAUUAUGAUUUUUAACAUUUUGCAAGACAGUGAGUAUUGUGAUACAAUAUAUUGCAUUGUAUACAAUGUUUUCAACUGUUUAGCUAAUUUAGCAUUCGUCUUUCCUUUAUGUUUGUCUUAUUUACAUAGUAUUUUAUUUUCAUGUAGCACAUCUUACAAACCUUAUAUAUAUAUAUUUGUUGCACAAACUUUCUCCUGCCCUAUGAUGUCACCUCUGCCAACCUCACUGGACAAAUAGUUGAUUUUAUUUUUCUAUUAUCAUAGAUUUUACUUUAUAUAAGCAGUUAAUUUGAGAAAUUGAUACUUACGAUACGAUAUAUCACCAGACAAAAUACUAUGAUACUAUGCUGUAUCAAUUUUUUCUCCCACCCCUAAAACGUACCUGAAUUUAUCUUUGUCAAUGAAGAAAAAUGUUCUUGAGAAUAUAAGACCCCUGACAACUGAGAGGUCAGGACCAGGCAGGAGAAUGCACAGUUUGUCAAUGAUGAGCCUUUUCACUUUAACCCUGUGAUAUCGUCAUAGGAACGCCAGGAAGCAGAGAAAAUGUUCAAAGGAAAACGUGGUGCUCAACUUGCAAAGGAUAUUGCCAAGCGAACAAAAACGUAAGAUGAAUGUCCACGACAGACAGCAGCUCCUCAGAAUCACUGGAUCUCGACUGGUGAACAAGUUUAAUAAGGCAUGAAAUCUGCCCAAAACCUAUCGCUUAAUCCUUUACCCAAAAAUUAUCCAGAAAUAUGCCUUCCUUUGGUGAAGGUGAAAAAUCUACCGAUCAGUUUGACCUGCACUAUUAAAACCUGAAGCCACAGUGUUGCUCAGGACUGCUGUCUUUGGACUAUGUAUCAGUUCAUUUGACUCAAGAAAAGAUACUACACUGGUAAAGAGGUCUAUAAGAGAGGCAUGUGGGUGUCCUUGUUGUCUAAAUGACGCCUGUUCCUUCCAGAUUCACUCCAGGAGUGGCAGCACAGCUGGAGAAGAAGAGGACGGGGCCGUCUCAAGCUGAUGUGGAAGCCAUCAAGGUGUGUUUACAAGGAUUUUCAGAUUACCAGCUGAGCUCGAAGCCCAGUCAUUCCCAAAAUUGGACUGAGUGCAUGUGUGUCUCAACCCUCCAGAUCCUACUAAGACCUUUUUUAAAGUCACCUCAGUUCACCUUUGGUUCAUCCUUUCACUUGUGUUCUAUUUGGCAUUAGAAGAUCUGACCGAGAGCUUUCAGCUGAUUUACUCAUAUUUGCCCAGCGUCACACUUAGGCCCCUUUGGCUCCAAACCCUUGAAAUACUAAAGGACCCACUUAGUAAAGAGCUUUUCUGGGUGAAGCAGGGGGUUAACAUGAGUGUGUUUGUGUUUCAGAAUGCUAUUGCUAAUGCAUCAUCACUGGCAGAGGUGGAGCGGUUGAAAGGGAUGCUACAGGCUGGUCAAAUCCCAGGACGAGACCUCAGAGAAGGUCAGUGCUGAGCUCAUACUAACACAGUGCUUUGAUGUGGCUUUUGGUUUCAGCACACAAUCUGCUAUGUGAUCAAAGACGACAACUUAGCGCACUCACCCCCCCAUCAAGUUAGUGACCCCCUUCCCACUGUGAGUGCCUGUUGCAAUGUAAAUUUCUACAAUGAAUAAAACUAAAGAUUUAAUCUAGUACAACAAAAUCCAGGCAAUUUUAGAAUUAGAAAUUCCGGCCAGACACAUUUUGUAAUCUACAAAAAAGGACAUGUCUGGGGAAAAUAGGGCGUCUGAUCACCCUACGUUAACUUAAUUUUACCUUGUCUUGGGUCCUCUGCUCUUGGAGUAAACCAGGUACCUUUGGUGGAGAUGCUGCAGCAUUGAAAACGUACUGUUGUGGUAUACAAGGACUGUCUUACAGUGAAAACACAUAAUGGUGUUCGCCUUGAUUUCCAGCUUGAAAUGCUCCCACACUUUCGACAUUUUGUCUUUUCUUAGUGGCUUUAUCUUAAGUUUCAUCGCCGUCCUGUCUUUCCUCCAUCUUCCCGCUGCUAAAAUUAAACAUGUCUUUCCCCUCUUUCUUCUUCCUUUGGGUGGAUGACGUGAGCGUGUUGUGCCACAUUAGAAGUAGUCUGAGCAGAAUACCACGCUUUGAGCUGUAGAAAUAAACGAUUCCUUGAGGCGGAGGAAUUUCCUCGAUCAAUUUUUGUAAUGAAGGUACUCAAAUUAUUUGACGAAUCAUUUAAGCCUUAAUGUUUAUCAAAACCUUUAUUUACUACAAAAUAGUGUAAAGACAAAAAAUGAAGAUGUACAAACAGAAAUGUAGAUUUAAUCAGAAAUAUUUAUUACAAACUGCAUGUUUCAUAAAUUAUUAAAGAGGAACAUGUUAAACUACCAUAGUGAGGCUCCACCUUAAUAAAUAAUUAAAUAAAUACAUUUUUAAUAGCACACUUUCCCAUUCCUGGUUUAUACAGGAUAUCAGCUCUACAGUUCAGGGUCUCUUUGGUCAUAUGUAAAUGUGUCAUGAUGCUAAAAUAUGAGAGGUCCUGAAAAAGUCAUUGUCUGGAUGGCAAAAUCUUAAAGACCCACUCCUCUGAAAAUCAUGUUUUUCUUGUUGUCUAAAUGUUCAUGUGGCAUUUUUCUAAUGCUAAAGGACAUGUCGUGAAAAGUAAUGGUAGGUUCCUACAUCACAACUGCAAGUUCCACUUCCAGAGCCCCACUCUGCAGGCCAGACUCCGAGAAAUAGAGAGGACAAUCGCUAAACAAGUGUGUGCAGUAGUAGACUGCAAUGACAUCAGUGUCUGAGUGCUUCUUCUGCUGCAACGGCAACGUUAGGCUACAAUUUGGCAUGAAGAGGAUGGUGCAGAGCAGCGCUGUCUCCACCCAAAAGUCAGAGGCGAAUUGCCAAUGAGUUACUGGAGCUCUGCAGGAGAAAAACCCUUAAAAAUGACACAGGUGACAUCAUUUUGGCUAAAAACUUCAUAAUCACAUUUUGACGGCCACUGAGAACACUUAAAGUUGUACAAAAAAAAAAGAAAGAUCAGAGUGGGACUUUAAGCUCUUGAGCCUGUGUAAUUGGUUGCGCCUCAGCUCUACCUUCCUGGAUGUGGAAACUAUGCAUGCUUGGCACUUAUCCCCAUACCAUAAGGGAUGCUGCCUUUUAUACUGUGCACUGGUGACAAGCUGGGUGGUCUCUCCUAUUUUUAGCAGAGGAUGCUGUGUCUGAUUUCCUAAAAGAAUAACCUAUUUGGAUCCAGCGCAUCAUAGGACAGUUUUCUGCUUUGCCCCUGUCUCUCUUAAAUGGGCUCAGAGAAGUUACUGGUGUUUCUAAAUCAAAUAAGUUUUUAAUUUUUGCCUUUAUUAGGCAGGACAGCUGGAGAAACAGGUAAUGUUGCGAGCAGAGAGUUAGAGAAGACAUACAGCAAAGGGUUAACUUAAAUAUUAUUCUGAAAUCACUGACAGGUUUGCUCUUUUGAUCACUAUCAGAGUGGUGAACCUCUUCUCAGCUUCACAUCAGGUUGACUCAGACUGACUUGUUGCAAACACGACUCUGUCUUUACUUCCUGUUAAAUAUAUGAUUUGAAAUAAAUACAAAUAGGCUUUCAAUAAAAUAUAAGUGCACUAGAUGUGAUGAUCUUUGAUCUCAUAUAUUUUGAAUUAGUAUUACAUACACUUGAAUACUGCCACGAUACUUAGCCAGUGCAGACGAGUGUUUAGCUGUUCUGUGACCAAAACAACUGUUACAUUCACUGGCUGGAUGAAUUUAUACAUUUCUGAAAUCAGGUACAGCUGGAAUGGUGGAGGAGGAAGAAGAGGAAGAGGAGGAAGAAGAGGGUGAGACUGCACAUCCAGAGGCACACAUGGGUGGAGAAGAAGAGAGGAAUGAUGAUGAUGAAGAAGAGGAACAAGAGGAAGAUGAGGACAUGGAUGUGGAGCAGCACGUUAAUGGCUCCUGA